AUGGAAAAGCAUCGGUAUUACGAUGUGCCCGGGGACACAUAUCCCCUGCACCUGCUGGACGACACCAAGUUCAAUCGCGAUUGUGUAAGCUGGUCCAUGCGCUUUAAUGAUGUGCUGGACGCGGAGAUGUUACGAGAUUCGUUGUCUGAAUUAUUGGACAUGGGCAAUUGGAGGAAGUUGGGCGGUCGACUUCGAACAAAGCCAAACGGCAAAUUGGAAAUCCACGUCCCAUAUGAAUUCACCCACGAGCAUCCAGCCGUGGCAUUCACACACGACACCUUCGACAUGAGAAUCGAAGAGCAUCCUGUGGUAGCACGGAUGCCCCAACCAACCAGGGGCCCCUCAACCCAGCCAAUCAGCCACAAUGACUUUCGUUCAUUCGCAGCAAGCCCCUAUCACCCACUGACGCUGGAAGAAAUGAUCCACCAGAACGCGCCACCGAUCUUUCUCCACGUCACCUCGUUCAAAGACGCGACUCUCGUCGCGCUCAGCUGGCCUCAAGUCCUCAUGGAUGAAAUAGGCCACAAGGAGCUCCUCCAGGCGUGGUCACUCAUCCUAGCCGGACGGGAAGAAGACGUCCCCGACGUGCUGGGCGUGUCUAAGGAUAUCCUAGAUGGGGUUGGAGUUUCCGAGGAUGCGGGUCUUGGUCUGGAUCAGAAAAGGCUGAAGGGGAUGGCCAAGACGAAGUUUAUUUCGCGCAAUCUCUGGGAUAGGAUGUUUAAUCCUUCUUGGGAGUUGCGGGCUAUUUUCCUUCCCAAGGAGGCGUUCGCCCGGCUGCGUACGCGCAUCACUGGCGAGAUUGAGACUUCUUAUCCUGGUGGUGGGACUACGCCGUCUGUGAGUGAUGGGGAUAUUCUCACGGCGUGGAUUACGAGGGCUAUGGCUUCUUCUUUGCCGAAGCCUAGGCCGAUUACGAUUUUGACAUUUUCCAAUGCGCGGUUUCGGCUUCCCAGUUUGUUUGAGGGGGAAGGGGUUUAUUUGCAGAAUUUGAUGCUGGGCGUUUAUACGUUCCUUUCGGUGGAGAUGGCGAGGGGGCCUCUUGGGUCUAUUGCGCUCUGUCAUCGGAAGCAUCGUGAUGAUCAGAAUUCCGAGGCUCAGACGAGGAGCUUGCUGAACUCUUGGAGGCAGGAUAUUGAGUCCACUGGUAGUCCCAGUCUGUUCUAUGGCGAGCCGCAGGGGUCUGUCAUGCUGGUUAAUAACCUGAACAAGGCGGAACUUAUCAAAGCUGCAAGGUUUGGUCCGGCAGUUGUUAAGCAGGGUGAUAAGGCGGAGGGGAGAAAGAACCCUCCUGGGAGGAUGGUUACAUACUACAUUCACAGUCUUGGUUCGACAUGGACAGCGCUCAAUUGUUUGUGGAUGCUUGGGAAGGAUCAUGGCGGGAAUUAUUGUCUCCAGGCCAAUUUGCUGCCUAAGGCUUGGGCAGUGAUUGAGGAGGAUAUACGGGAUAUGUCUAUAAUUAUUUGA